CGUAAAUCGGAUAAAACCAACUCUGCCUUGUCUGCUCUGUUUUCGCCUUUUGUCUUUUGUUAUAGAUCGAAAACAAAUAUUUAAUAUAAAUUAUUAAGUAAUUUAAUUAAAUGAUUGUACAUUAUUAAGCAGGACUAAUUGUGAGAUUUGUGUAGAAUAAUUUUAAUAACACCAGGCUCCCUAAAGCUGCAAUAUCAGUCUCAUUGCAGAGUCGGCAUACAUUGCAUUCUGUGCAAAUUGCCUCCCUCUCACCUUCCUUUAAAAUUUGCAAAUUAUUUUAAACAUCCACAAGCCACAAGGAAAAGUAUGGUUAAUGGUUAAAACAUACUACUUAAUAUUUGGGUGAUUUUUUCGUCGAAUCAAGUUCAAAUCGAAUUGAAAAGAAUAUUGAGAACUACAAGAAAUGGCAAGCGCUUUGGAAAACUUCGUUAAUAGUGUGAGGAGUCUGAGUUCGUCAGGUGCCUUUGAAGACUUGGCAACUCAACUGCUAGAUUCCACUGAAAUUUUAUCUAAAAACUGGAAUAUUCUCGACAAUGUCCUGGAGACGUUGGAUGUGCAACAGCAUUCAUUGGGUGUUCUGUAUGUGUUGUUGGCGAAAUUUAAUAGUUUGCAGAGCUCAAAUGCCGAUAUUCAAGUUUUGCUGAAAUCUGUCAAAGACUUUAUACAACAAUGCAAUACCUAUCAAGUGCGUUUGGCGGCACAUGCAUAUUACGAACUCUGUCAUCAGUUCACAAAUGUAAUGGUAGGUCAGCCUCGCUGCAUUCUAGGUCUUACAACACUGUCCGCUGCCAUUGAUAAAAUUCGCACAUCCGAUACUCAACUUACCCCCAUACAUGCUGACCUUUGUCAACUAAGUCUUAAAUCGAAGUGUUUUCGUGUAGCUUUGAAAUACUUAGAUGUUGAUAUAACAACUAUAUCAACAGGUGCUGAAACCAGAGGACAAAACCAAACGGUAAAAGAUACGACCAACAAUGACGCCAAAUACUUCUUACUUUACUACUACUAUGGUGGCAUGAUUUACACUGCUAUGAAAAAUUAUGAGAGGGCAUUGUAUUUCUUCGAAGUCUGUAUAUCAACACCUGCCAUGGCUAUGUCCUACAUUAUGUUGGAGGCAUACAAAAAAUUCAUAUUGGUAUCAUUGAUAUUGCACGGAAAGAUUCAACCUAUACCAAAAUAUGCAUCUCAAGUUAUUUCACGCUUUAUGAAACCAAUUGCUCAGGUGUAUCAUAAUUUAGCUGUAGCAUAUGCCACCACAUCCAGUGAAGAAGUAAGAAACUGCAUCAGCAAAUAUAGCGAAACAUUUGUACGUGAUAACAAUAUGGGCCUAGCCAAACAGGUUGCCACUUCGUUGUAUAAGAAAAACAUACAGAGACUUACAAAGACAUUUUUGACAUUAUCCCUGACUGAUGUUGCUAGUCGUGUCCAAUUGCCAUCAGCAGCUGUUGCUGAAAAGUAUAUUUUCAACAUGAUAAAAUCUGGUGAAAUUUAUGCUACCAUCAAUCAAAGGGAUGGCAUGGUUGUCUUUAAAGAUGAUCCUGAAAAAUAUAACUCAAAUAAAAUGUUUCUUAAUAUUCAAGAAGACAUGGAACAUGUAAUGGGACUGGUUAAACAAAUUAAUAAAAUGGAGGAGGACAUCAUAUUGAAUCCGAUUUACAUAAAAAAAGCUGUUGGAAAUGCAGAUGACGAUUUGGCGUCUCAAAAUGCAAAGUCCUUUGCUGGUGAUCCAAUUGAUUGAUGAUAUCACAUAGAAAAAUAUUUCAAACUAUUCAAUAGCUUUGAUAUGCUCUCACAUCAAAAGCGUACUGUGCAGUUCAUUUGUCAUCUUCAACAAAAUGCUCGAAUGAGUUUCUUCCUCAUUGUUUAAGGAUAAGAACAUUCGAAAAUACAAAUUUCAUCGCUAUAGUAAAAUCAAUAAACAGCACCGAACCACUGUGGCAAAAUUAAUCACAACUAAACAACUACUUUGCCUACUGAACAUUAUUAUGAAUAAUUGUUUUUAAAAGAAAAAAGAAAAUAAAUAAACAUAAACGCAGAAA